CACGACGGCUGUCAUAUAUUCAGGCGGUCAACGAGGCGCUGCGACAGGAACUUGAGCGCGACGAGACCGUUAUCAUCAUGGGCGAGGACAUCGCGGGCGGCGGCGAACGCGAACAGUUCCAGGAUGCAUGGGGAGGCUCCGAUGCGCCUCACUAAAGGACUGGUCGGCGACUUCGGCCGCCAGCGCAUUCGAGAUACGCCCAUCGCGGAAUCCGGCUUCGUAGGCGCGGGUGUGGGCGCGGCGGCAACCGGACUGCGACCGGUCGUUGACCUGAUGUAUGUCGGCUUUCUCGGCGUCUGCGGUGACCAGAUUCUGAACAAUGCUGCAAAGAUUCACUACAUGUUCGGCGGCAAGGUCAAGGUGCCGCUGACAAUUAUGACCGGCAUCGGCGCGGGCACGAACUCCGCGGCGCAGCACUCCGAGACCGUGUACUCGGUCUUCACGCACUAUCCCGGGCUGAAAGUGGUCGCGCCCUCCAAUCCGUACAACGCCAAGGGACUGUACGCGGCGUCCAUCCGCGACGAUGACCCUGUAAUUAUCUGCAACAACCGCCAGCUCAUGGGUAUCCGCUUCGAUGUGGAUGUGCCGGAGGAGUCGUACACCGUGCCACUCGGUCAGGCGGAUGUUGCCAGAGAAGGUACGGAUGUGACCCUGCUGGGCAUAAGCUACAUGACUCAGAUCUGCUUGCAGGCAGCCGAAGACCUCGCGGCGCAGGGCUAUUCCGCUGAGGUCAUUGACCUACUGUCGCUCUCACCGAUGGACGACGAGGCGAUUCUGGAAUCCGUGCGCAAGACGCGCCGCAUAGUCAUCGUGGACGAGGACUAUCCGCGAUGCAGUAUGGCAGGGGAUAUUGCAGCACUCGUCGCGGAAGAGGCUUUCGACUACCUUGAUGCUCCGCCGAAGCGCGUGACUCCACCGCAUACAUCCGUGCCGUACAGCAUGCCCCUUGAGGCGCUCUUCGUACCGACCAAAGAGCAGGUCGUAGCUGCCGCGCUUGAGACGCUCGAAUAA